CCCGGGGUGCUUCAGAGCAACCCUUCAGGCCGCCAAGAGUUUUGCGAUGACGGCUUCACAUAUUCGCUCAUCUCACCUGUAGGUAUUUCGUAUAAGUAGGCACUGCAUCCUCCGGCCUUCAGAAAUGAGGUUUGUGUUGUCUCAUCUCUUCCACCUUCGCCUCCUCUCCUCCCUCACCCUCCGUACAUCUCUUCUCCCUCCGUCUCCUUUAUUUUUUUCACUUCUUCAUACAGCUGGGCUGUAUUUCGGGUCACAAUGGCACCCAAUUUCAAAAUAAUGAAGGCCUUCAACAGUCGUCAGAGAGGCAGUGCCCCACCUCAGAAUAUUGAUACUACGAUCGCUGAGACUGAGGCGGCGGCCAAUGCAUCUGAUCAGGACUUAGAGGCUGGUAGUUUUUUGACGGAGACCGAGAGGAACAACAAUGUCAGCACUAGCAACCAUGGCGACAACCCAUACUUGGAUGAGUAUAGAGCCUUGGUCCGCUAUGUCGACACAUAUAGAGAUGCAAAUGCGGAAGUGGGGGAGGAGGACUUCUCGCAGCAGAACGAGAAGAGGCCAUGGUGGGCGUUUUGGCGAGGCGGAAAGACUGGCUAUACUGAAGCUUCUCUGACCGACUUUGAGACUCCUACUGAUUGGUUGAACACGGACAUCAGAGAUGGUCUUUCGUCGAUGGAAGUCGAGCGAAGACGGAAAUACACUGGAUGGAAUGAGCUGUCAACUGAGAAGGAGAACAUGCUUCUCAAGUUCAUCGGCUUCUUCCGCGGUCCUGUUCUCUAUGUUAUGGAGGUUGCUGUCAUCAUUGCUCUGGGCAUGCAGGAUUGGCUGGAUGCUGCUAUCAUCAUCGGUAUCCUAUUGCUUAAUGCCGUCGUUGGUUGGUACCAAGAAAAGCAGGCCGCCGAUGUAGUUGCCAGCUUGAAGGGUGAUAUUGCUAUGAAAGCCCGCGUCGUUCGGGAUGGCCAUGAGAUAGAAAUCAAGGCCAGGGAACUUGUGCCGGGCGACAUCAUCAUCAUUGAAGAAGGCCACGUCGUCGCCGGCGAUGCCCGUCUCAUCUGCGAAUAUGAAAACCCCAACGGACAAGCUCAGUAUCAAGCGGAACUCACAGCCCAGGACGUCACGUCGCCUCGUCGGGAGAAAUUUGAAGAAGGGGAUGAUGAAGGCACCCCCCAUAUUGGCCACGCCAUAGUCGCUAUCGACCAGAGUGCUAUCACUGGCGAAUCCCUCGCUGUUGAUAAAUAUAUGACUGAUACUGUCUAUUAUACUACUGGCUGCAAGCGAGGCAAGGCAUACGGUGUAGUCACUGCUGGUGCACAAGCCUCUUUUGUUGGAAAGACGGCUAGCCUCGUCCAAGGUGCUAAGGAUUCCGGUCACUUCAAGGCUAUCAUGGACUCAAUCGGAACUACUCUUCUCGUCCUCGUCGUUUUCUGGAUCCUCGCAGCCUGGAUCGGAGGUUUCUAUCGCAACCUCAACAUUGUGUUCCCAGAGGAAAGCUCGAAUAACCUUUUAACCUAUGCUCUCAUUCUACUGAUCAUCGGUGUACCUGUUGGUUUGCCCGUCGUCACUACAACCACCCUGGCAGUUGGUGCCGCCUACCUCGCCAAGGAGAAAGCUAUCGUACAAAAGCUGACGGCUAUUGAGUCGCUCGCUGGUGUUGAUAUCCUUUGUUCAGACAAGACGGGCACUUUGACUGCCAACCAGCUCUCCGUCCGUGAACCUUUUGUCAUGGAAGGCGUUGAUAUUAACUGGAUGAUGGCAGUCGCAGCUCUGGCCUCAUCGCACAACAUUAAGGCACUUGACCCCAUUGAUAAAAUCACAAUUCUCACUCUCAAGAGAUACCCCAAGGCCAAGGAGAUGAUCAGCGAAGGCUGGAAGACUGAGAAGUUUACCCCUUUCGAUCCCGUCUCUAAGAGAAUUACGGCUAUCUGCACCCAUGAGGGUGUUCGUUAUACCUGCGCCAAGGGUGCUCCUAAGGCUGUUUUGGCCUUGACUAACUGCAGUGAAGAGCAAUCCGCUCUUUUCAGAGAGAAGGCUACUGAAUUUGCCCGCCGCGGUUUCCGCUCGCUUGCCGUUGCCGUCCAAGAGGAAGAUGGCCCGUGGGAGAUGCUUGGCAUGAUUUCUCUCUUUGACCCUCCCCGAUCCGACACCGCUCAAACCAUUGCCGAAGCACAGGCCCUCGGUCUCUCCGUCAAGAUGUUGACCGGUGAUGCUAUUGCUAUUGCUAAGGAAACGUGUCGCAUGCUGGCCCUAGGAACCAAGGUCUACAAUUCCGAUAAGCUUCUCCACAGUGACAUGGCUGGCACGGCCAUCCAUGACCUGUGCGAGAGAGCCGAUGGCUUUGCUGAGGUGUUCCCUGAACACAAGUACCAGGUAGUGGAGAUGCUUCAACAACGGGGCCACUUGACGGCGAUGACUGGUGACGGUGUCAACGAUGCACCUUCGCUGAAGAAGUCUGACUGUGGUAUCGCCGUCGAGGGCGCUACCGAGGCUGCUCAGGCGGCCGCAGAUAUCGUCUUCCUCGCUCCAGGCCUCAGCACUAUCGUCUCGGCUAUCAAGAUCUCUCGUCAAAUCUUCCAGCGCAUGAAGGCUUAUAUACAGUAUCGAAUUGCUCUUUGCUUGCAUUUGGAGAUCUACCUAGUCACUACCAUGAUCAUCAUCAACGAAACCAUCCGCGCCGACCUUAUUGUAUUUUUGGCACUAUUCGCUGACUUGGCUACUAUUGCUGUUGCUUACGACACUGCGCAUUACGAGAAACGACCCGUAGAAUGGCAACUCCCCAAGAUCUGGAUUAUUAGUGUUGUACUUGGUGCUCUACUUGCUCUCGGGACGUGGAUCCUUCGCGGCACGCUUUGGCUCCCGGGAGGUGGCGUCAUUCAGCACUAUGGCUCGGUGCAAGAAAUCAUCUUCCUGCAGGUAUCGCUUACAGAAAACUGGCUCAUCUUUGUCACUCGUGGGUUCGAGACAAGGCCUUCGUGGCAAUUGGUCAGUGCCAUCUUCGGUGUUGAUAUUCUCGCAUCGCUAUUCGCUGCUUUCGGGUGGUUUGCUGGCGGUGAGGGUGAGCCUUCUAGCCCUGCCUCGCUGUCCUCUAAGUUGUCUGGAAACGGCGCAACGGAUAUCGUGACCAUUGUGGUGGUUUGGGUGUACUCGAUUGCCUGCGUCAUUGUCAUUGCUAUCAUCUACCAGAUGAUGACACGUAUGAAGAGCCUCAACGACCUCGGCCGUAAGAAGAGGUCUGCGCAAGAUACUAUGAUGGAGAACAUCCUCACACAUCUGAGCAAGGUUGCGCUAGAGCAUGAGCGUGACGACAAGGGUGGUGACCGCUUCUACAUCGCUCAUAAGCAAGUAGUCGAAGAAGAGGAGUAAUUGGCCAGGUUUAGACUAGAAUGAUAUCCAAAGGAGCAUGGGGUUCGGGUUUUCUCAUAUUGGGUGGUGCAUAUUCAAUGAUAAGGAUUUGUCUUAUUUUUUUUUAUUUUUUUUUUACUUUGCUUUUGCUUUUUUCAACAAACUCGUCGUUCUCUUUGCGGGUACGUGCAGCUAUCAUGAUUAUGUACUUUAUGUAACUCGCCCUCGACAAUAAAAAGAUCGGCUUCUUUU